AGAGCUCCGGACAUCUCAGCAUCGGGCUCAGUGAGGACGGAGAGCUCAGCUCGGAGAGGCGCCGCCGCUCGGCUCCGGUGGACACCAGCCAGCCAGGAUGUUCCUCUUCGAAAAACCCCGCUUUUAAAACAACGUCGUUCAGCCUGGAGACAGACAUCAGUACGGCUUGUGAAUCCAGGGCGUGUGUGUGGUGGCCGGCGGAGACAGAUGAGUCUGCGGUGUCUCUGGGUCCGGUGGUAACGUCUGUCUUUGUUCGGCUCUGACAUCUGUCCCUCACUUCCAGCAUGGAACAUUUGGAGAAGGAGCACAGGUCGGACGACGACACUGAAUAUGAGGACGAGGAAGUGGACCCCAGAAUCCAGGGGGAGCUGGAGAAACUCAACCAGUCCACCGAUGACAUCAACAGGUGUGAGACGGAGCUGGAGGACGCCAGGCAGAAGUUUCGCUCGGUUCUGGUUGAGGCCACAGUGAAGCUGGAUGAAGUGAUGAAGAAGAUCGGCAAGGCUGUGGAGGAGUCCAAGCCUUACUGGGAGGCCCGCAGGCUGGCCAGACAGGCCCAGCUGGAGGCCCAGAAGGCCACACAGGACUUCCAGAGAGCCACUGAGGUCCUGCGGGCUGCCAAGGAGACCAUCUCUCUGGCUGAGCAGAGGCUCCUGGAGGAGGACAACCGCCAGUUUGACUCGGCCUGGCAGGAGAUGCUCAACCACGCCACCCAGCGGGUGAUGGAGGCAGAGCACACGAAGACGAGAAGCGAACUGGUGCACAAGGAGACUGCGGCCAAAUACACAGCAGCAAUCAGCCGCAUGAAGCAGCUGGAGAAGAAACUCAAACGCACCAUCAACAAGUCAAAGCCCUACUUUGAGAUGAAGGCGAAGUACUACCUGCAGCUGGAGAACCUGAAGAAGAACGUGGACGAGCGGCAGGCCAAACUGUCUCAGGCCAAAGGCGAGUACAAGACGGCCCUCAGGAACCUGGAGAUGAUCUCAGACGAGAUCCACGAGCGGCGUCGAAGCUCCGCCAUAGGCCCCCGGGUUCGCGGCGUGGGCGCCGAGGGCGACAGCGUUUCCGGAGAUGACGUCUCCAGCUUUAAGAUGGAGUCGGACGGAAUAUCCAUGGCGUCGGUGUGUUUUGACGACGAAGCUUGUGGCGGAGGCGACGGUGGCGGCGGCGGCAGCGUCAUGUCGGAGGAAGACUCUGAGACUCGCUCCACCUGUAGCCUGGGUUCGUCUCCCAGAAGCCCUCAAGAGGUCCUGUCACCCUGUGCCUUCGCCAGCUCCGCCUCCUCAUCUUCCUCCUGCACGUUCUCCUCCGCCUCUCCGUCACCCACUCCCUCCUCCUCGUCCUCCUCCCCGUCUCCUCUGUCCAGGCCCUGCAGCCUGGACCUUCCCAGCACCGUGUCGCUUUCUGACUUCGGCCUCAUCUCGCCGGUGCUCGGGCCUCGCAGCGAGUGCAGUGGAGCGUCUUCUCCAGAAUGCGACCUUGAGAGAGGUGACCGGGCCGAAGGUGCAGAGGGGGAUCUGGACAACGCUCCACCCACCACCACCACCAUCAUCAACAACAACAGCAGCAGCAGCAGCAGCUCCACUUCCAGCACCAAGAAGACCUUCAGCCUGGAAACUCGCUUCAGCUUCCUGAACCUGCGCCGCCCGCGCGCCAACAACGCCAGAAACACGGACAGCUGUUCCCAGAAGGCCGAGUCUGGGCAGACUGUGGUGCUGGUCAAAUGAGUCCGAGGACAUAAGAGAGAGUUUUUGCUGUGAGGAUUCUGGCUCUGCAUUGGCUCAUUCUGACCUAAACCCUGAUAAACUGCUCUGAGCUGUUUAUAAGCUGCCUGCCACGAGCUGCACGCCGAGCUCCACAGUCAGAGGCACACUCUGAAUGUCAAGGCUGGUGUAUGUUGUGCGUCCUGUGCGUCUUGGCGGCGUUGUCAGUCCCGUGUCUCUUACGAAGGACUUUGCACCUGCGGGUCUCUGGUGUCUGAGGCAGGACACCGUUAUGAUGAAGCUGUGCUGGUGAGGGAAGGAAAAGAUGGUUUGUGUAUUUUGUUGUUGCUGUUAUUUUUCCACUAAAAGCAAAAGUACACUAGUUGCCUGCUCUGUCUCUUCAAGUAUUAUAACUGUUUUUCAAAAUUGAGAAUUUAUUUCUGUCAAAAUGGGACUUGGUGUGCUGUAAACCAUACAAAGGUGAUGUUCUGUUUACUUCAACAGGUAUUAAAGGAAUUAAAGUCACACCUGUGGAGAUGUUCAAUAAGUAACUGGUGUCUUUGCCUCCUGCUACACGCUCCUGUAUUUGUGCAGGUUAAGGCAGUACAGACUGUCCAAAGUUAAAAAGCUGUUAAUUGUCCACAUAAGCUACUUAAAGUAAAAUUCAAGUUAAUUUAAAAUUCAUCUUUUCACUGCUCGUUUUUUCCACCACGAUGAUUGUGUUGUGCGUGUGAUUACUGAUCACGAUAUUUAACGAGUAGCUUAACAUGAAGUGGAGGUCUUCUGCAUCGAGAUGAGAGGUUAAACUGCUGCUGGGUGAUAAAAAGAUUUUCAGCUGCUGUUAAGGUCUUUAGGUUGUAAAGGCACAUUUUUAAAGACAAAGUGUGGCUUUGGUCUCAUGGGAAAACACACUCAAAUCUUUUUUUUCCUUGAAUGUAAACUGCUUCUCAACAGGCUGCUCUUACAGUCACACCGUGUAGGAAUAAUUAGAGUAACACAAGUAAUAACAAAAGAGUUCAUUUUGAGUUACUCUUUAGGCUUGUAAAAGGACGUACUGGAAAGCGGCCAUCCUGAGUGUGGUGACAUUUUCAAACAAACAAAACUGAGAUGUAAAACUGGACGACUGAGGAUUUAAUUUCCUUCUCUGCUUUUCACUUUCUUGUUUGAGUGACGUGAGACGCGAUGUGAACCUCAGUCCCUUCAACAUAACCACUUAACUCUGGGACUUCAGAUGGACGCAUGUGGACAAAAAUAAUUCCCUCAAAUCAUGAAUUGGUGACCUAAAAAUAUUUAUUUGGGUCUUUCUGCAGGAUUUGCUGGCAGUGACAAAAAUAUAGAAACAUCACUUGGUGGCCAUAAAUAAUUAUUACAAUUAGUGAUCUGACAGAUUAAGUGAUCUGAGGUUUGGUGGUUUGCAGCCUGUUUCCUCCUGUUGUCUUUCUUCAGUCUGUGUAUUCUGUGUAUGAACACACUUAUGUGUACUUUUCUGUAUAUCCGUGUCACUUUCUGAUGUGGACUACAGGAUAUGAACUGCUGACCAGCCCACCUCUCACAGCUGUGUGUGUGUGUGUGUGUGUUACAGAGUAAGAGUAAAGUAAACAGAUGUUCACGUCAUCGUUUUAAGGGUUCAUUUGAAGUUCAUUAAGUUCAACUUGAAUGUUCAACUGUGGCUCAUAAAUUGGCUUAAUCUUCAUAGCUGUGAUUGGUUCAGAGCUCCGCUGAGACACAGACAGGCGGCACGUGGAAACAAACACUGUGCUUUCAUUCAAAGCCUUUUGCUCAGUGAUUUAGAUAAUUGAAAGGGUAUUAAGAUAAUAUGACCUCAAUCAACAACUAUCUGACACACCUUCAGAGAAGCUUUAACUGGUCUGAAUGGUCACAUUUUAUCAAUAAGGAAAAGAACAGCAACACAAAAGAUCAGCACAGUCACAUCCUGAAAAUUAAGCAGAAUUAGGAAUGCACGAUAUAUCGGCAUUAAUAUCGGUAUCAGCUUAACAUAUCGGCAUCGGUGCGAUGUGUAAAAUUGGGCCGACAUGAACAACCGAUUUGAAAUCUGUGUAGGUGCUGUUCGUGUAUGUGUGGCGGGAGAGGGGGAAUCUGGCCAUGCGGUAUUUGUUUGGCCACGUGACAAACGCAGCAAAGCAUUGUGGGAUGUUAAACUGAAGGGGAGAAAAAUGUCGGCGGUGUGGUCGUUUUUCACGGUGUCCAAAGAAGACACCCGAAAAGGAGUAAGCAACACCUGCAAAGUCGAGGUAAUGCGAGGAGGAUGUUGUGUCAAGUCAUUCAACUCCACAAAUUUAACGUCAUUUGAAGAACCGCCAUGCAGAAGUUCACAAACAAUAGCAGGAAGCUAAUGCUGCUCACGUUAGCCGGCAGGCAGACACCAAACAGCCGCAGCUGGGAGCCCAAUACAGCAAGACACGGCAAAACCAAGACCUUUAACCAAGGACAGCGCAAAAGCCAAGUCAGGGACGAGCAGGGUCGUGGAAAUGAUUGCUCUUGACGACCAGCCGUUUUCCGUAGUGGAGGACCGAGGGUUUCGGCGGUGGAUGGAGCAUAUUGAACCCCGCUGCAGCCUGCCGGGUCGGCGCCACUUUUCCGACGUCCCCCUCCCUGCUUUGCCCGAAGUCGUGGCCACGCACAUCCUCGAGCUGUUGGACGACGUGACGUUAGCGUCACUACGGACACAUGGAGUUCAGACGCCCGAGGACCAGCAGUCCAAUCGAGAAAGUCAGCGUGGCUCCAUUUUCCAUCAGCGAGCUGCAGAUCAGUUCAGAGGCAACGCUGACUCAUCAGCCUUUUGAUGCUUGGACUCCGUUAGAAACGUCUUCCACGCACACACAGGGAGCUAAGCCUGCGACCAGCUGACUGCUUCCAAAUGAUGCAACGUGACUUCAACUCUCACCACAACAUCCAGCCAGAGCCUGAAUCUCAUUCAACAAAUCCUCCAAAGCAUUUCCACGACCGCAGCAGACUUUGCUGCUAAAAAUCUGCAAUGUAGACUCAACACCUGAACCAAGGCCAGCUGCAGAAACACAAAACAAGCUGAGAAAGUGUGUGAAAGCUGUGGUAACAUGACAUCAUUCAACUGCUGCCACACUGGACUCCCUGUGCUGCCGCUCUGUUCCUGAGAAUACAAAAACCUCCACGGUCAUUUAAGGAGACAAACUGAUCAGGUUGGGUUGUUUUCGGUCACAGCUGCUUGCAUCAAACAUCUUCUUCUUCUGCAAACUGUUUUGCUGCAGUGAGCAUCUCAAGCACGAGUUGGCUGUUGAGGCUGGCUGUAAACACUGUGAGAUGAUUAUCUUCCUACCUAAAUGCUUAUGUUUUAUUCCUUCCUGGUUUCUACUUUAUAAUCUUAUAUUUUGGACCAGCUCUACACCUGCCUGACUGCACGUGUCACUGGUCUGAAGACGUGGUGGUUGCCUCCACUCCUCUGGUUGAACCUGCCUAAAGGGAUUUGCUCCCAUUGAGACACGAGAGUGCCAGCGACUGCUUGAUUCCACAUCGCAACCCAACAUGACGCAGUAUGCUGUAGAGUGGAGGAGCCACAACCCGAGAGAGAAGAGACGUGUUUCUUUGAAGAAGUCAAACACCAAAGCAUUUGCACUUCUGCACUGCUGAGGUGCUCACUGCAGCAAAACAGAAGCUGAAAAGAAUUUGCUUUCAAGCCGCCUUGAUGCCAGCUUUGCGGCUCACCGAACUAUCUGAUUAGAACAAAGAUCUCCAUGCAAAAUGAGUCAGUACUUGUCCACUGGAUCCAUAUUUUUCAGUGAAAGUGUGUUUUAAUUGAUGAGUCAGUUGGUUUUGUUCUGAAGUUCCUCCUGAUGAUUCCUUAUUAAUAUUUUAUUCCUUCAUCGUAACUGUGAUAUCAUCCAGUCAGCAGUGACCAGUCUGUGAUCGUGCAGUACAUCGGUGACGGUCUGUCAAGGCUGUCAGUCACACUCUGUGUCUUACUGAGGCCUCAUCACAUCCGUAGUCCAGUUUCACAGACAUCCCACGAUGCCACUCGUCCCCAUCCUGCUCCGUCUUCACUGAAGCUGGGAGACCUUGAGUGGGGAAGUGCUGGCAAAGUCCAAGAAGAAGGGUCCUUCCUGUUUGGGCAAGAAGGUGGUGGGGAUGACGUUGUAGAUGCCUGCAGGGACGUGUUCCACCUCCAUGUAGCAGAAGCCGCAUCUGGAAAAAGAGUGAGAAAACAAUAAAAAUGAUCUGACUGAU